AUGGACCGAUUACCAGAAGAAGUCAUCCUGCAUAUCCUAUCCUUCCUUGACGUUCCAGAUGUUGUAAACUUCCAAGCAGUAUCCCACCGCUACCUCGCCCCCGGUCGGGACAACACCUUUUGGAAAACCGAAACAUUCACCCACUCCCGCGCGGAAGCACUCAGACGUCGACAGCAGCUCAUUGACGCGCAAGACUCGCGUCUGGCAGAGUUGAGGAAUGCCGUGGCCGCUCUACCCGGAUCGGACUUGACGGCAUGGGAUGUGGCUCAGCUCCGAGGCAGCACGCAGCCUCGCGCAUCGUCUGAUCCGGUGGCGGAGGCAAGGACGCAACGCUAUCGCGCGCUCGUCAGCUGGGAGCCGGGCUACCCCAAUGAGAAGUUGAACUACUACGAAGAGUUUGUCCACCGUCAUGCAGCUAUAAAUACUGGCUGGCUGUCACUCCCUGCCAAUCAUGCCACGGACAAGGAGAAUCAAUUGGAGGCAACUGGCGUCGCCAUCCUCCAUGACCACCAGCAGAAUGGCCCACAGAAAGUGGUUGCGCCGCUUGACGACGGAAGUAUAUGCAUCUGGGAUCUCUCUGCCAGAUCCACGUUGAGUUUCGAAGGCCCCGGCGCAUUGCUUGCGCAAACCAGGCGAGGCUUACUCACCGGGCUCUCCCCCGAUGCCACAACGGAAAACCACAUCGUCAUGACAGAAACUGGAGCUGUGGAAUGCGUUGCAGUCGACAGCGCCACACAAAAGGGCUACUUCGCCAUGCAAAAUCGUUUGCAUGAAGUAGACUUGGCCACCCUGCAGCUGGUCUCCACGAAGCAUUAUCCUUGGCCAAUUACCGCUCUCUCUGAAGCCACAGAUCGCACGCCCAUAACUAUCGGGACGAACAUGACAGUGCAUCUGCACGACCCUCGAGAUGCCGCCUUUGCAUCAUCACAUUCAUCAUCUGGCGGCGAGCUCAUAGGCGGAUCCGUCUACUCUCAUGCCACUCUCGCCCAGCCCGGGCCGCUCGCAAUCCUCCACCACAACCAUGCACACCCAGAUGAAAGCUCCAUUUGGGUCGCCGGCCGCUUCACCUCCCUGCUCAACUACGAUCGACGCUUCUUCCCCCGCCUCCGCGGCACAAUCCACAGCGGAGCCCGAAUCGCCUGUCUAUCCUCUCUACCGUACCCGCUAAUUUCACACGAGCUAGAUCUAGUCCGCAACCCUGAAGCCUCCAUCUCCGCCUUGUCCGACGCCCGCAACCGCCAGGGUACCACCAUGAUGGCCGCGGCAGAAUAUAAAGGCAAAGGCUCUCUCGAACUCUACGGCCUACCUCGUGUGCAACCCUACCAAAACCGCCAAACAGCGUCUGCGUCGAAACUGCUGUCUGUAGCGCCGCACGGCGGCCGCAUAGUCUUCAGCGACGGCGACGGCAAUCUGAAAUGGGUAGAGCGCGACGGCUUCUCGCACGUGCGCACAUUCAACAUCAACGACAAGCCGGCAUCCACCAAUACCGCCUCUGCCACGCAAGACGCCAGCGCAUACGGCAUCUGGUCGUCAACAGCAUCCGAAAUGCCAGGACAAGGCGACAUUGUGCAGAAAAUCCUGCCCAUCCGUCCAUCGCCUUCCACUCACAAUGUAGCCAGCAGCAACAGCACCGACCGGCUAGACAUCAACCAAUCCAACCUCCUCCUCUGGACGGGCGACGGUGCGCUCGGCGUGCUCGGUUUCGGGCCGCGGCAUCCGCUCGGCUCGGCUGGGGAGCAGGAGACGUGGCACGAUGCAGUGGAGACGCUGGCGGAGGAGGCGGAGCAGCGGGCCAAGGAGGACGCGGAGCGGCAGUAUAAUCUCGCGAUGCGGCGGGCGUUGGAGCGGAAUGCGGACGAGGUGAGGUUUGUGCGGGGGCUUGGGAUGGGGUAUCAGCGGGGGUGA